ACAAGUGUGCUAGAAGUCCAUGCUAACAUUGGGAAAGCUGACCGUGUAACUCUGACUGUAGCGGUUAAAUAUCAUUUAUUUGUUAGUUUCUGUGAGCUGGCAGUUUAUAAUUAACCGUUACCGGGGUUUGGGGACUGACAGAGUUGGAUAGUAACUAUUUACAUUUACUUGAGUAACUUUUUAGUGGGGGAAAAACGUACUUUCAAGAGUAUUUUUACUAUGCCGUACUUUUUAAUUUUACUUGAGUAAUAGCAAUAUCUAGUAUUGCUACUUUGAGUAAAAUUUCUGGAUACUAAAAUAAUUUCACUGAAUGAAGAACAAACUAGUUUUAGCCAAAAAUUCACAGCUGUUUUUGUUAGUUUCGUAAACUUUUUUACAUCCAAAGAAAUCGGUUUGCCAGAAUUUAUCAUUGUGUAAUUUUUUUUCAUUCUGGUCUUUAAAAUACAUAAAUUUCCACAUAGCUUCAUAUUUUAGUCAAUUUGUCAUAAUUUUGAUAUAUUUUUAAUCAGUUACUCAGUACUUGAGUAGCUUUUUGACCAAAUACUAUUUUUUUUACUCAAGUAAUUUCUUGAACGGCUCCUCGUUACGUGAGUAAAAAUAUGCUAAUAAUCUAAUCGACUAGUUGAGUAAUGUUUCUAAUAUUUAUGGAGCAAGCUGAUGGUAAUUUAGCCCUGUAAUGACGGUUUAACAGAAAUGCUCAUUGAUGCGCUUAUAUCUGUUUAACAGUGGUGAACAGUUAAACCCACAGUUAUUAUCAUGUUUGUAACAAAGAAAUCUCAUUUGAAACCAUCUGAGGAUGUUUCCUCUGUAUCAUGACCCCCCCAAAUAUGCUACGAAACUGUCCAGAAAUGUCACUUAAAUCCUUAUUUUAGUGCUCCUCAUUGGGAGCAGCUGAUUGAUGAACUCUGAUUGGGUUCUUGGAGAUGUCUGUGGAAGGAGGGUUUUGCAGCGGAAAUGUUCUUCAGCUGCUGCCCAACAGGAGCAGGCUGCUUGUUCUAAACCAGAUGGUUGGCCCUGUAAAAACAGCUAAGGAUACCUAUAAAUCAGUGGGGUCUGGACCAGCAGGGGGUGGUCCUCCUGUAAUCCCACUGCAAUAACAUUGUUUCUGACAGGGAAGCACUUCCUAAGCUGAAACCCAUCUCACUGGGUUUACAGACACACCCUCUGCUUUACACUCACCCUCCGUCAUUUUGUGAUUAAUGCCUCACUGCCCUGUGUUUCCUCAUCUGUAAUUUCUCCCAGGUAUCGAUUUUGAAACCCCAGGCUUUGAUGCCGUCUAGACUGUUGAGGUGGCAGCUUGUUUGUGUAAUUAUGGGCUUACCAAAGCAGAGCGCCUGCUGUGGGUUAACAUGCAAAACCUCCAUUAGAACCCCAGUGUUUUUCUCUUUAGAAAUCCGGAUGGAGGCAUCAUCAUAAUCGUCACCUGGUUUCUCAUUACAGGAGUUGGUGUUAGGAAGCAGCUCAACAUGUGCUGACCAGCAGCUCACCAAGCCACAACACUGGACAUCUGACAGAGCUGCAGACUAGAUGUGAAAGCGACUUGAUCAGACGAUGUGUGAACCGGUCCUCCCCCUGUGUCUGCUGCUGUGGAUCCUGCAAGCAACACAAGCUGCUAAGGUCACAGUUCCCGCCAGAGUGGAUGCAGUGGCGGGUGAUCCCGCCCACCUUCGCUGCAACAUCACUAUGGAGGCGGAUGAAAGCGUGCACCAGGUGCGCUGGCACGACCCUCACUCCAACAUGAUCCUGGCGUAUUUGCCGACCUCGCCGGUCCGCAUCGUCCACCAAGACGCCAACCUCAAGGUGACGGUGGCGCGCAAGGACUCCAGCUACAUCACCAUCAAGAAGGUGCGGCCGGAUGACGAGGGCUGCUUCCACUGCUUUUUCGACGUGUACCCCUCUGGGAAGCAGCAAGGCACCACCUGUAUCACCAUCACCGGAGGCAGAGUCCACCUGGAGGGGAACAAGACGGCCAUACGCGGGCUGCCCGUCACCCUGUCCUGCUCGUACACCCUCGUCAAACGGGUCGCCCAGGCUCUGUGGAGGAAGACGACAGAGCAGGGUGACACCGUCACAGUUGCCUCAUACGCCAAGUUGGGCUCUUACCUGGGGAAGGAGUUCAAAGGUCGGGUCAGCCUGAGCCCCACCCUGGGGGAGACCAGACUGACCAUCGAGGAGGUCAAAAUGGAGGACGAGGCGUGCUACACCUGCGAGUUCCACACCUACCCGGACGGAACCAGGAACGCCGUCGCCUGCCUCCACGUCUACGUCUUACCCAACCCUCAGGUGAGCUUCUCGACGUCGCCCUCGGGAGUCACGGAGGUAAACUGCACCGCCAAGUCGAGGCCUCCGUCCACCAUCCUGUGGGACAUUAGCAACAAUGCCGUCACCCUGGGUCCACCGGUGUUGUCGGCGUACAGUCAGGGCGACGGCACCACGAUAGUGACGAGCACGCUGCGCUUCCAGUCCGCGCUCAGAACCGUGAAAUGCAUCGUGCAGCACCAGGGUUUAGAGAAAGCCCUCGCACUGGACGUCAAAGCAGACGAUUAUGAUAUUUUGCCUGUUGGAGUGAGUUCCCCCAACGUUGUCCUCAUCUCUGUGUGUCUGGCUGCAACUGUCGUCAUCCUGGGUCUGUGUGUGUUUUUCUGCAAGCGCUUCGUAUGUAUUUGACGACUGAUUCGGCAUCUGGCGUCGCCACCACUGUUAUGCUUCAGUGGAUUUCUGAGCCUGACCCAGCUGCUCAGCACCGUGCAGAGGAAGCUGCUUGUUCUGCUCCUACCAACCAGAAAUGUACUGCCAGAGCAGACUAAACACUUCUACUGAAAGGAUUAUUUAAGGCUACAAAUGAGACGAAACUGCUGAGAAGUCGACCUUCAGUGGCCUGAAAACCUUUUACGAUUUGGUUUCAGGUCAUGUCAUUCCUCUUUGUCCUGUAACAAACACCCUCUGCAGCUAUAAAGUGCCACACAUCCACGUUAAAACUGAUGGUCUUAAAUAUGAUUUUUUCUUCUAAUGCUCUGAAAUUUGUUGUUGUGGCUGUUUUAUGUUGAGAUUAACCUGUUAGUUGCACCAUAAGCUAGCGACGCCACUGCCCUAGUUCUUUAACAGUCCUGAUUGGUUCAUCCAGCACACAGAAAAAUGUUGGAAGAAAAACCAAAAUGUCCAACUCCGUUCUAAUUUAAGCCUUGUUUCGUGUACUGACUGGAUAAAUAUACCCCAGCUCUACGUCUGGCCAUUGUCCCUCAGGCCUGGUGGUUUUUUUGGGACGCCAACACCACCACCAAAAUGCAUCUAUUAGUGGUUCCUGGAGACGUACGCUGAUUAGAGGAGGGCCAGUUCUGGACCUGCAAGUAACGGGAAACCCAAGCGCAUCCAAAGUUCUGAGGAAGGAUGUGACUUUUUGUUGAACCUUCGUGAGUCAUUUUGAGAGCGGAGAGGAUGGCAGCUCUGCCGGUUUUGAACUCCUGCGUGUGGGACGGGGACAGGUGGUCGAGAUGUAAUCUGUGUGUUUCUGGGGUCACCGCCACCCAAACGCCUCCUGAGCAGAUGAACCUAUGAAUCACCUUUUGUGUGUACAAGUGUGAGACAGACAGAGGGCGGAUCCGUUUCCACGCACACGUUUGUUUUUAAAGGAAGUUUCUGUUUUUAUGUGUUUCUGAAUCACUGAGCAGCAUCGACAUUUUUGUAGAUGUGCUGAGAAAAAUAAAUGUACUCUUAAUUUUUUUAAUAAUUUUUAUACAAUGACACUUAUAUAGUACUACACAUUGUGAUUGUGGAUGAGCUUUAAAGAAUUAAAGCACUAUUGUGCAGCUGUUUUGUUA